UCAAUGUGAACGAAAGACUCACUUAUAGUAAACUAAAAAUAAGAGCAUUAGAUCAAUCCUGCAAAAUACCCUCCCAUGGUUAUGCUAAUGCCAUGUUUUUUAUUAUUCCACUUCUGAUAACCCUAUACAGUUCACUCUUCACGUCAUCUUCGCAGGCUAAUGCCUUAUCUAAAGGCUUAUCAAUCUCUGUUGAUCACGAACAUGAUAAUCUGGUCUCGCUAAAUGGCCUUUUCACUGCCGGAUUUUACAAGGUGGGCAUCAACGCUUAUUGCUUUUCCAUAUGGUUCACAGAGCCACAUGCGAAACAUGAGAAUCCCACUGUAGUUUGGAUGGCAAAUCGAGACAUACCAGUUAAUGGAAAACACUCCAAACUUUCCCUCCACGACGAUGGUAAUCUUGUUUUAGAAGACGCAGAUCAUUCUAUUGUUUGGUCCACAGAGACAAAAUCCACCAAUGGUUCACUCAAUUUAAAACUUGAAGACACUGGAAAUCUCGUUCUUCAUCAACUUAAUGGCGUUCCAGGCAUGCUUUGGCAAAGCUUCGAUUAUCCUACAGAUACACUUCUACAUGAUCAACUGUUCACCAAAGACUCACAACUCGUUUCUUCAAGAAGUACGUCAAAUUUCUCUUCUGGGUUCUUUAGGCUCUAUUUUGAGAACAACAAUAUUCUGAGUCUUCUUUACAAUGGUCCUGAAAUAACGAGUGUUUACUGGCCUCCACCUUAUAUGAAAACGUGGGAAGCGGGAAGAUCCACUUUCAACAGCAGUAGAAUUGCUAAACUCGAUUCUGAAGGUAAGUUCAACUCAUCUGACGAUUUCGGGUUCUUUGUUUCUGAUUUUGGCAUAAGACGCAAUAGAAUAAUGAAGCUUGAUUCUGAUGGUAAUAUUAGAGUUUAUAGUCUUGUUGAUCAGAAAGGACGAAAAAAGUGGGAGGUUCAGUGGCAAGCUUUUUCCAGUCCCUGCAAGAUUCAUGGCGUAUGUGGACCAAAUAGUCUUUGUACUUAUUCUCAAGAACAUGGGAGGAAAUGUGAAUGUGUACAUGGAUAUAAGAAAAAAAAUCAAAGUGAUUGGGCCUAUGGUUGUGAACCCAAAUUUAAACCUUGCGAACAGGGAGAGAAAGAUUACAUUGAGCUUCAUCAUGUGGAGUUUUAUGGUUACGAUAUGAGAUUCCUUCAGAACAGAACCCUUGAAGCCUGCAAACAAGAUUGUUUAAACGAUUGCAACUGUAAAGGAUUCCAAUUCAAAUUCGAUACCAAUUUCUAUAAUUGCUACCUGAAGAAUCUGUUAUACAACGGAUAUCAAUUGGGUUUUGAGCAUUCAAUCUAUAUAAAGCUGCCACAAAACUUGGUAUCAUCUUUUCAACAAGCACUAGUCAAUGAAAUCGAAUCCAACUCCAGUUGUCCGACACAUAUAAUCAUGCCCAUUCCAAGAUCUUACGAGAGAAAACAUGAAAAUGGUUCUCUAAAAGUUUUGCGAUGGUUUGGCAUGGUAAUUGGAGUUCUUGAGAUCCUCUUGAUACUCAUUUUCAUUUAUAUAUCUCACAAAGACUCGGCUACAUCUGCAAAAAGCUACUACCCCAUAGCAUCAGGGUUCAAAAGAUUCACAUACGCUGAGCUGAAAACUGCAACAAGCAAUUUCAAGGAAGAGAUAGGGAGAGGUGGUGCUGGUGUGGUUUAUAAAGGGAAAUUAUCUGAUGAUAGAAUAGCCGCAAUAAAGGUGUUAAAGGAGGUUAAUCAUCAAGGAGAAGUUGUUUUUCAAGCAGAAAUAAGCACAAUUGGAAGGCUAAAUCAUAUGAAUUUGAUAGAGACUUUGGGUUAUUGUAUUGAAGGGAAACAUAGGCUAGUGGUUUAUGAGUAUAUGGAGAAUGGGUCCUUAGCAACCAGCUUGAAUUCUAACAAACUUAAUUGGGGAAAAAAGUUCGAUAUAGCAAUUGGUACUGCAAAAGGGCUUGCUUAUUUACAUGAAGAGUGUUUGGAAUGGGUUUUACAUUGUGAUGUCAAACCCCAUAACAUUUUGUUAGAUGCUGAUUACAAUCCAAAAUUGGCUGAUUUCGGGUUGUCCAAGCUGUUCGAUAGAGGUGGGAAUGAGACUUCAAGCUUUUCAAGGAUUCGAGGUACACGAGGUUACAUGGCUCCAGAAUGGGUGUUCAAUCUUCCGAUCACCUCAAAAGUUGAUGUCUAUAGUUAUGGAGUGGUGAUACUGGAAAUGAUCACCGGAAAGAGCCCAGUACUACAAAUGGUGCAACUAGGUGGUGAUAGUGGUAGAGACCAAACGUUGGUUGAAUGGGUGAGGGAGAAGAUUCGUGAACAUAUUGGAAGCCAAAAUGGAACAUGGAUUGGGGAAAUUGUAGAUAGUAGGACGAGUGGUGAAUACGAUAAGGGAAUGUUGAUUAAUCUUGUGAAAGUUGCUUUACAAUGUGCUGAAGAAGAUAGAGAUGCAAGACCUUCAAUGAGCCAAGUAGUUAAUAUCCUUCUCCACCCUGGGAGUCAUGAUAGUCAUGAUAUGAAUGAAGCUUCGGUCAGUAGUAUAUAUAACAAGGUAUCACCAUGAACAUGAUGACAAUGAUCUUCUGUAAUAUAUUGCAUGUAAUUAUUAACAUGGUCUUUCUAUGGUCAUUAAUAUAUCAUAUUUAAUAUACAUGAAAUAAAAGAACAACAAGAAGAAGA